UUGAAAAAUAUAUAGAAAAAUUUUUGCGGUGUGGCCUACAACAGGUUUCAAUAAGAUUGUCGGUGUAUGUUAGAAAUUGAAACGAAGAAGAAAAAAAAAACAACAACUACGAAAAUGGGAGCACAUACCGAUAAUAAUGAGUCGACGAAGACUGGAUUGCCGAAUGGAGAUGCUCAUCAACAACACAUGCUGGACGAUUAUUUAUUAAAUAAUAGUAAUAACAAUAUCAUUCCAAACCACAUCACCGACCACGAUCAACAGAACAACAAUAUUGCCGACUAUUAUCCGAUGAACGACAAUCAUUUGUUCAUUAAUCCGAUACACGAAAAUUACCAUUACCUAUUGUAUCAAAUGUUCGACGACACAACCGAUACAACAGAAACCACAAUACCAACAACGCAUUUAAAUAAUACAUUUCCGGGAACACCAACCAUAUCAAUUGGUACACUUACUACCACCGAAUCAGUUAUUGGGAAAAUUAGGAAUCCAUGGAAGAGUGUUAUCGAUAAGACAAAAUUGGAGAAGAAGAAAUCGAACAAGGAAAAAGAGAAGCCGAAACCAGUUAGUGCUAAUGCUAGAAUGCGUGCGGCUGGAGGUGGUGCCGGUGGCCGAGGAGGUGUCGAAGAUCCAUUGAUGGCGCAUCGACCGAGAAGAAAUUCCAAUGUUAAAAAGGACAAAAAGUGUCAGCAACUAGAUCUACCGCCAGAGCUGAAGUCUCUACCCAAGUUGAGCAGCCAGGACGAAGAAGGGGGGGCAGGACAUGGUUUUGGUGGAGGCCAUGCUCAUUUUGAACCAAUACCACACGAUCACGAUUUUUGUGAGAGGGUUGUAAUUAAUGUGAGCGGUUUAAGGUUUGAAACGCAACUUCGAACGUUAAAUCAAUUCCCCGAUACGCUAUUAGGUGAUCCAAGUAGAAGGUUAAGGUAUUUCGAUCCUCUCCGGAACGAGUAUUUUUUUGAUCGAAAUCGACCUAGUUUUGAUGCAAUAUUAUAUUAUUAUCAGAGCGGUAGCGGUCGAUUACGGAGGCCGGUCAACGUCCCUUUAGAUGUAUUUAGUGAAGAAAUUAAAUUUUAUGAAUUAGGUGAACAAGCAGUUAAUAAAUUCAGAGAGGAUGAGGGUUUUAUUAAGGAAGAGGAAAAACCAUUACCAGCCAAUGAAAACCAAAGGAAAGUGUGGUUACUUUUUGAGUACCCGGAAAGUUCGCAGGCAGCCAGGGUUGUAGCCAUUAUCAGCGUAUUUGUUAUACUUCUAUCAAUUGUUAUAUUUUGUCUAGAAACUUUACCCGAAUUUAAGCAUUAUAAGGUGUUCAACACAACAACAAACGGCACAAAAAUUGAAGAGGACGAGGUACCUGACAUAACAGAUCCUUUCUUCCUCAUAGAAACAAUAUGUAUUAUAUGGUUUACAUUCGAAUUAAGUGUCAGGUUUAUGGCUUGUCCGAAUAAGUUAAAUUUCUUUAGGGACGUUAUGAAUGUCAUCGAUAUAAUCGCAAUCAUUCCGUACUUUAUUACAUUAGCAACCGUUGUUGCUGAAGAGGAGGACACGUUGAACCUCCCGAAAGCGCCAGUCAGCCCACAGGACAAGUCAACGAACCAGGCUAUGUCCUUGGCCAUUCUCCGUGUGAUACGUUUAGUUCGAGUUUUUCGAAUAUUUAAAUUAUCGAGACAUUCGAAAGGCUUACAAAUUUUAGGAAGAACAUUAAAAGCGUCGAUGCGCGAAUUAGGUUUACUUAUAUUUUUCUUAUUCAUAGGAGUUGUCCUAUUUUCAUCUGCUGUAUAUUUCGCCGAGGCUGGCGCUGAAAUGUCUUUCUUCAAGUCAAUACCCGAUGCAUUUUGGUGGGCUGUGGUUACCAUGACCACGGUCGGAUAUGGUGACAUGAGACCGGUUGGUGUCUGGGGUAAAAUUGUGGGAUCAUUAUGUGCCAUUGCUGGUGUACUGACAAUUGCACUUCCGGUACCAGUUAUUGUCAGUAACUUCAACUACUUUUAUCAUAGAGAAACCGAUCAAGAAGAAAUGCAGAGCCAAAACUUUAAUCAUGUUACUAGCUGUCCAUAUUUGCCAGGUCAACAUUUAAAGAAGUCAUCUCUAUCUGAAUCCUCAUCGGAUAUGAUGGAUUUGGAAGAUGGUGUAGAUUCAACACCCGGCUUAUUGGGUUCUCAAGUUCGUCUGACUCCGUUUUUAGGAGUUCAUCCGAUUACCGAAAAGCAACAAGUUAAUUGCUUUAAACAGCCACCAGGUGGACAGAAUUUACAACAGCGACAUAAUAGCGCAUUGGCAGUUAGUAUCGAGACCGAUGUCUGACUACUGGUAAAAAGAACACUGCGCGCAAUAUUUGGGCCAUGUGAAAUGUUUAGGCUCUCAGACUCACCGAAAGCGGUUUAAAAAAAAAGAACUCAAGAGACAUCGAAGAUAAUUUCUCCACACACGAAAUAAUCGAACGCAACUCGGAUUAAAAUUUAAAAAAAAUCACAAAAUAAACUAUAAAUCAUACAUAAAAAAUUUAAAAAAUAAAAAAAAACCAAACAAAAAAAUGAGAAAUUGAAACAAUUAAACUUUUUCUUCUCUAAUUAAUUAUUGAAAAUAAAAUUUAAAAGAAAAAAAAACAAAACAGCAACCAACAAAUUAGUCAUUCUUAAAGUGAUUCAUUAACAAUUUAUAAACCAAAGAGAAAAGUAUGGCUUUAUUAUCUAGUAACAACUUCAAAAAGACAACUACCAACCAACCAAAACAAAAUUACAACAACAAAAUUGCAACAAAUGUAUAACUUGUCUACUCUUCACAAAAGUGGAAAACGUCAUCGCCGGAUUUCUUUUUAUUUAUUUUUCAGAAAUAAUAAUAAAAACAAAACAAUAGAUACACGUAUUUUUUAUGAAAAAGAAAAAUAU